UUCCAAGCAAAUCGCGACCAGAACAGCAUUAAAAUGAACGCCAUUAACCCUGCCAUUAGAGCUCGCUUCAUCCGUCUUCAUCCUCGAGGCUGGCAUGGAUACCCGUGUCUGAGAGCAGAAUUCUACGGAUGUGCCGUUGGUAAGUUGCUUUUUUAAUUGGUCUACCUGCGGACUUAGUCUUCCUAAGGGCGUUAGCCCGUAUCACGGUCAUUACUCCAUUUGAGGGUAUCAUCUCAUGUCAUGCGAAGGAAUACUGUUGAAAAUCAAGGGCUCUAAUGCAAGUUAAUCGGUCUAGCAGAUAAGGAAGAAGAGAGAAAGUGAAAGAAAAAGAGGAAAGGGAAAAAGAAACAACAAUGAUUUCAAUCUUAGUAUUUAUGAUGGCCACCUUUAAAAAUAGUCUUCUUUUGGUAGGCUGCAUCUUGUCUUUGAAAACUUGGAUACUUGAAAUUGCUAAUAUCUUGUCCCAAUGGGAUGUUAUUUUCUUUCAUACUUAGACUUUAAUUAAAACAAUAGAAAAUUAAAACCUCAAAAGAUCAAGACUAAAUUUCGGUUAAUUUAUACAGCUAGACAACAAUUAUCUACAAAGUUGUAUUUAUAAGCAGUAUUAAUCAGAAUUUUCUGUUUGCAAUUAUUUGUAAUUCGCACAGACUGAAGAUGUUGAUAGUGUCUGAACAAUUUUGUUGUCUAUCCUCCUCGUCAUGCCAUUUCGUGCUUUGAACAGAUCGGUGUGACGUCCCACUCGGAAUCCAAGAUGGCCGCAUCACUCGUUCUAUGUUCUCCGCCUCCUCCAUGUACAACCACUACUACGGUCCCUGGUGUGCCAGACUUCAGGCACAGAAUCGAGGCCAAAUCAGAGGAGGCUGGAUCGCUAAGUAUAGGAACACCAAACAAUGGUUGCAGGUUGACCUGGGAACUGUUUCAAUUGUCAAGCGAAUCGCUACCCAGGCUCGAUAUGAUGCAAAUCAAUGGGUGACGUCAUACACUGUUUCCUACAGCAACAAUGGUGUCAGAUUUUUUCCUUACAAGCAAGCGAGAAGAACCAGGGUAGGGAUACUUCUGUUUUUCUAUAAGUCACAUAUAUCCUAAUUUUCACUCAUUGAGUGCAAACGAUAUGACACUUUUUCUCUUCAAUAACGUAGAUCCCGUUGUUUUGUCUGUCUGUCUGUAAGAAGCUUGGCCAUUUUAUUUUUCUGGCCUUCGAAAAACGUGAAAGUAGAUCAUUAAACAUAGCAACAAUAAAGUUAGCAUUUUCCGUGCAAUUAUAGCCAUUAUUAUUAUUUACAAUGAUAAAAGUUCUUUUCUUGUUUUUUUGCCUUUACCUAACAUAAUCAAUAUUGUAAUCGGCAAUGCCAUCUACUCAUGGAAAUGCCAAUAAAUGUUGUUGUAUUUGUUGUCUCAACAUGGAUGGUACGCAAUGUGCACAUGUGUCCACGAACCUCUUUUAUCAUUUGGCUGGCUUCCCGAGCACGCAAGAUAAAGUAAAUCCUGCGUUCUGAUUGAAUACUGCCAGGUCGAGUUUUCCCUCUAGGUCCUACAAGCCAUAUUAUAAAUUUUUCUUAAUGACCAAGCUUCUUUGGUCAAGAUCGCUGAACAAGUUGGAUAGCGCUUCCACCGGAUAAAUCACCGCACAGUGAAUAAGUACUGGGGAAGCCAAUUGCGUCAUCCACUAGAUAGUGAUUUAUCAAUUGGAUAGCGUUGUUCACCUUUUGAACAACUGGAGCCUUAUUUUGCGUUUGUAUGGAUCUUGUUCCGAGAUAGAGACUGUCCAUUAAAACGCAAAAAGAGAACUUGCCCAACAUUCGUCCAGCUUGGCCUCUCGCUUGGUCAGUAACGAACGGUAUAUAUUGUAACUUUUGGCCCCAGUCAUUCAAUAGGUGGAUAGCGCUACCCACCGUAUAAAUCUCCAUCCUGUUGACAGCGUAAUUAGUUUGCCUUAUGGUUAUGCACUGGAUAGUGAUUUAUCCGGUGGAUAGCAUUAUCCAACUAUUGAAAAACCAGGGCCAUAACUGUCAAAGUACAACACUUUUACUGACGUUUUUACUGGCAUUUUUAGCUCUUCCAAGGAAACAGUGAACGUUACUUUGUGGUGGUGCACAGGCUACGCCCGGCCGUAAGAGGGCGUUACAUUCGUAUUAACCCAAAGUCCUGGUAUGGCUGGAUUGCAAUGAGAUUGGAGUUGUUCGGCUGCAGACUAGGUAUGUACCAUGAACCUUGAAAUCAUGAAGAUAGCUCACAAACAGAGUUACGUUAGUCUUUUUUUUCGUUACCUUAUCAACUCAGACAACUGACAAAAUACGAGUCAUAGAGAGGAAGCUGCUGUCUUUUGUACCCAUGUAAUUCCUGGUAAUAGGCCAUUUUACAGUUGUGUGCUCAGUGCCCUAGCCUUUGAAUAGACGCGAGGCUGGCGGUGACCUUGUUUUGUUACAAACCUUCUUGUUUUUCAUAUGUAAAUGAUCAUGUUCACGGGCUUGUUAGUAAACACAGAUCGUCAUUCCGUAGUUUAUCAUCAGUUUGUCAGACCGUUUAAAGCCAUUUACGUCCGCAUCUACCCAAGAAGUUGGUACGGCUGGAUUUCCAUGAGAGCGGAGCUUUACGGCUGCUCGGGUACGAAUGCGCUUGCGCCACCGAUUUUGCACGUCAGCUGAUGUUGGUAGCUUUUCCUUACCAGAGGUAACCCAGGGUAUACUAAUGGUAUUGGACACAAAGCAUCAAUCAUCCUCGGAGACCCAGGGGCAGUCAGUCGCCCGGGUCGGGAGGAAAGGCGCUACGAACGUUUUCAAGCACUAGCGGAAGAGCCCCUGGGUAUCGACACUCACCAGACCAUUUCCAAACGGUCAAGCGAAUGGUGGCUCCUGAUUGGGCACAAAAAAUGCUUUGUAUUAUUGUGCCCAAUCGGUGAACAGCAUCUAUUGAGUUCUUUUGCAAUUUCAAAACGGGGCUUGGUGGUGAAAUUUGUUCAUCUGACGUAAACAUGCAUAAGGGCUAUUUGUCGCUUGCCUGCUUAAAAAGCAAAUCUCGUUUCCUAGACUUUUAACAAUCAAGAAAUUGUGAAGGUUGGCUGGAAUUUUAGGUUUUAACCUUGUAGCUUUUAGGCAAAGUUUUAAGUCAUGUCCUAUGUUAUGCUUCUUUCUUCCAUUCCUAGCGUCCCUCUGUAACCGCCCGUUGGGUAUGCGAAAUGGUCGUAUACGCAAUCACAAGAUCACCGCCUCAUCAUCGUACAACCGUUUCCAUGCUGCAUGGCUUGGGAGACUGGGAAGAGUUAAGACCGGGAGGUAUAUUGGGGCGUGGUGCGCAAAAUACAAGAAUUAUAAUCAGUGGUUCAAAGUCGACUUUGGUAGACCGAUGAAGAUUACUAAAAUUGCUACUCAAGGAAGGCAGGAUGUGGGGCACUGGAUAACGUCAUACUACGUGUCGUUUAGUGCUGACAACAUUCAUUGGGCAAUGUAUCGGUUCAGAAGUGUUAACAAGGUAAGAAGGAUCAGAAAACAUAACAACUGGUUUUUGCUGAGCAACCAGAUUAACUGGUGGACUUGUAUUGCGUUACUAGGGAUUUAAAAGGGAUCUUUUGCGAUGAUAACCGCGCCGCAACCGCGACGUCAAAAAAAUAAGAAAAUAAAAUAAUAAUAAAAUGUAUUGCGUUACUAGGGAUUUAAAAGGGAACUUGUGUGACGUUAAGUUACAGUGAAACGGGCAACAAAAAACGUGCCACUCGUUUUGCAACAUUGCUGCAAAACGAGUCGAAUACCGAUGUUGCGCGUUUUGUUACCCACUUUCGAACCCUUCUUCCAACAAAUGAGGGUUUGUUUUCGUUGGUGGUAAAAAGCGCAACAUCGCUAUUCAACUCAUUUUGCAGCAAUGUUCCAAAAAAAGUUGCACUUUCUUGUUGCCCUUUUUACUGUACCCUUAACCGCUCCGCCACAGCGACGUCAAAAGAAUGAGAAUGAAAAUGCGGAUAAGGAUGAUGAUGAGAAUGAAAAUGAGAAUGAAGAUGAGGAUGAGGAUAAGGAUGAAAAGAAAAUUGAGAAUGAGGAUGAAAAAGAAUAUGAAUACGAAUAUGAAUACAAAAAGGAGGAUGAAGGUGAAAGUGAAAAUGAAAAUGAAAAUAAAGAUGAGGAUGAUAAUGAAGAUGAUGAUGACGAUGAUACUCACGAUCAUAAGCUAUGACUGAACAAGAUUUUAAGAUCAUUAUUCCUCGUUCUUUGUACAGCUUCGAUAUAUUUGAGAACGCGUCGCUAAAUUCCUCAUUUUUGUUUAAUCGUCAACAGCUUUUCCAAGCAAAUCGCGACCAGAACAGCAUUAAAAUGAACGCCAUUAACCCUGCCAUUAGAGCUCGCUUCAUCCGUCUUCAUCCUCGAGGCUGGCAUGGCUAUCCGUGUCUGAGGGCAGAAUUCUACGGAUGUGCAGUUGGUAAGUUGCUUUUUUAAUUGGUUUACUUACGGACGUUAGUCUUCCUAAGGGCGUUAGCUCGUUUCACGGUCAUCACUCCAUUUUGAGGUCAUCAUCUCAUGUCAUGCGAAGGAAUACUGUUGAAUAUCGAGGGCUCAACGCAAGUUAAUCGGUCUAGCAAAUAAGGAAGAGGAGAGAAAGUGAAAGAAAAAGAGAGGAAAAGGAAAAAGAAACAACAAUGAUUUUAAUCUUAGUAUUUAUGAUGGCCACAUUUAAAAAUAGUCUUCUUUUGGUAGGCUGCAUCUUUUCUUUGAAAUCUUGGAUACUUGAAAUUGCAAAUAUCUUGUCCCAAUGGGAUGUUAUCUUGUUCAUACUUAGACUUUAAUUCAAACAAAUAGAAAAUUAAAACCCCAAAAGAUUAAGACUACAUUUCGGUGAAUGUAUACAGCUACAUAAUAGUUAUCUACAAAGUUAUAUUUAUAAGCAGUCUUAAGCAGUAUUUUUUGUUUGCAAUUAUUUAUAAUUCGCACAGACUAAAGAUGUUGAUAGUGUCCGAACAGUUUCGUUGCUUAUCCUUCUCAUCAUCAUACCAUUUCGUGCUUUGCACAGAUCGGUGUGACGUCCCACUCGGAAUCCAAGAUGGCCGCAUCACUCGUUCUAUGUUCACCGCUUCUUCCAUGUACAACCACUACUACGGUCCCUGGUGUGCCAGACUUCAGGCACAGAAUCGAGGCCAAACCAGAGGAGGCUGGAUCGCGAAGUAUAGGAACACCAAGCAGUGGUUGCAGGUUGACCUGGGAACUGUUUCAAUUGUCAAGCGAAUCGCUACUCAGGCUCGAUAUGAUGCAAAUCAAUGGGUGACGUCAUACACUGUUUCCUACAGCAAUAAUGGUGUCAGAUUUUUCCCUUACAAGCAAGCGAGAAGAACCAGGGUACGGAUAUUUCUAUUUUUGUCUCAACAUGGUUGGUACGCAAAGUGUAUAUGUGUCGACUAACCUUUUUUUAUCGUGUGGCUGGUUGCCCGAGCAGGCAAGAUAAAGCGAAUUCUGCGUUCUGAUUGUAUACCCAAGGGGGCAAGAUAGGCCUAUACUGCCUGCUCGAGUUUUCCCGCAAGCCUUGCAAGCCAUAUUAUAAAUAUUUUAAUGACCACGCUUGUUCGGUCAAGGUCGCCGACUAUUGGCCUGGUUUUGCUUUUGUAUGUACCUCGACGUCUUCUCUAACAUCAGGUCAUCUUUGCUCUCCCCUUGGUCAGUAAGGCACGGUGUAUAUAGUAACUUCUGGCCCCAGUCGUUCAAAAGGUGGAUAGCGCUACCCACCGGAUAAAUCUCCAUCCAGUUGAUAGUGCGGUUGGUUUGCCUAAUGGUUAUGCACUGGAUAGUGAUUUAUCCAGUGGAAAGCACUCACUAUCCAGCCAUUGAAAAACUGUGGCCAUAACUGUAAAAGUGUCUCACUUUUACUGGCGUUUUCGCUGGCAUUAUUUCAGCUCUUCCAGGGAAACAGUGAACGUUACUUUGUGGUAGUGCACAGGCUACGCCCGGCCGUAAAAGCGCGUUACGUUCGUAUUAACCCAAAGUCCUGGUACGGAUGGAUUGCAAUGAGAUUGGAGUUGUUCGGCUGCAGACUAGGUAUGUACCAUGAACCUUGAAAUCAUGAAGAUAGCUCACAAACAGAGUUACGUUACAAGGAUUCUUUUUUUCUUCCCGUUAUCGUUUUAAUUGGUAACGACGGUACAAGUAGAGUUGGCCAUGCGAAAAACUCGCAUCCCCUCACCGGGGGAUAGCAAAAAAUUAUUUUCAGAGAAUCCAUUAUUUUGUAGUUGAACAGUUUGCUUCUUCAGGGGAGAGAAGAACUAUCGUUUUGACCACCAUAUUGGGAAAUGUUGGAAGAGGUCUAUACUCCUAGUUGUUUCAUGGUACACACUCAAAAACCUGGUCAAACUCAGGCUAUGAAUUGUAGUUAUGCUAUAGUAGCCCUAUACACCUACCUAUUUACUUUGCGUUUUUAAUAACGAUUUAAAUUUGAACAAUAGGAAAACUGUGUAAUCGUCCAAUGGGACUUCAGAACAAUCGACUAAAAAAUCACUUUAUGACGUCAUCCUCCCGCUGGGACAAAUACCAUGGUCCUUAUCGAGCUCGUCUUAACAUCCGUCGCCAUGGACGCUACAUAGGGGCGUGGUCGUCUCAGUACAACAAUCGAUAUCAAUGGCUUCAAGUUGACUUCGCUGGACCAGCAAAAAUUAUCAGAAUUUGCACUCAAGGAAGGCAGGACUUAAACCAAUGGGUCACGCAGUAUUACGUGACUCGCAGCUUGGAUGCUGUCAAUUACCGGCCUUACAAGGAGCGAAAUAAUGUCAAGGUAUUUUUUUUUGUCAGAAAAGCUAACUGGUCUGGUAAUUUGUAAAGUUUCAGAUUGUUUGUUUGUUUUCGUAUUUCGUGUGAUAAAGCGUUACUUUUAUUUGGUCAAGUCUUUACAGUAACCCGCGCUAAAAGUUCGUGCUGAGCCCCAAACACUCCGUCUCGUCCGGGGCAAAAACCCCUAAUACUCAGGGUAACGUUGCUAUUUCUCAUCUGAUGCUUAGUUAACUUAGUGCUUUUGCAAUUUUAAUUGUUAUAUUUUGUCAACUGUUUUCCCUUCUAUUUUUCAGUAUUUCUCAGGUAACCGCGACCAGAAUACCGUUGUGUGCCACCCUUUCAUCCCCGCUCUUAGAUGCCGCUUUGUGCGUAUCCACCCAUGGGGAUGGUACCGACACAUAUCUAUGAGAGCCGAGUUUUACGGAUGCCGAACUGGUAAGGAGUAGUCAGUUACCACCUUUAAAAAAACUGUUUUCCAGUGUUACUUUUUUGUGUGCAAGGGGGCACAUGAUUGACAAAUGUACUUGUCGAGAACAAAACACAGCUUGUACUGUCCACCCGUCUAUUUAGUGCUGUUGUGCUCUGCGAUCGUAGAGUGGGACACGGUUGGUAUAGAUAUAAUCAGACUCCACUUACACACAGCAAAGUGGGGUCUAUUUGUUCUAUACAUUGAAAAGACAGCAAUAACAACAAUAAAAACGGAAAGGUGCCUCGUAGCGUUGGACUGUUCGGAGAUUUGGUCCAGUUUAAGUAUUUUUCAAGAUCCCAAGAACACUUUUCGCUGCCUGUUUCUUCUUUUUCUCAAGUGGAAAUAACUGGUCCUUGUCGGUUUUUGUGGCAAGUAAUAGGACAACACAUAGAAAAAAAUUUUUCUGUGACGUCAUCCGUAUGUCUGUACUUUGACAGAUCAUAGCUGACGACCAAUCACAGCGGGUGUAGCAUUCACUACAUUGUAUACCGGUCUAUUAUGGACUGCCACCUCUUAGAAUGUCAGGUCUCUUAGUCUUACUAGUGUGAUUUUUCUCCUCGUAGAUAAAUGCACCAUGCCCCUCGGUAUGGAAGACCGAAGAAUCCUAUCGGGUCAUCUUCGAGCGUCGUCGUCGUACAAUUACAAUCACGGACCUGACCGAGCGCGUCUAAACAUCUACGCCAGUCACGGGAGAACGGGAGCCUGGGUUGCAAAAUAUCGCAACACCAAACAGUGGCUACAAGUUGAUUUACGACAGCUGAGUAUCAUCAAAGGCAUUGCUACACAGGGACGAAGAGAAGCUCAUCAAUAUGUAUCAAGAUAUACCUUGUCUUACAGUGUGAAGGGCAUACAGUUUAGGCCUUACGUAGCUUAUGGCAGAAUAAAGGUAAACCUGUGAUCACCGGUCACAGAUGUUGUAGCAGAAUAUCCUUACAUACGGCAUUGAAGGCGUUAGCCUUUCCUGACUUGUCUUUUGAUUCUUUUCUAAUCAGUUUCCUCAGAAAUUAGUAUAUUUGGAACAUGACGUAAGUAUUUCGAGUCAAAAGAAUUUAUACCCUUCGGUCAAUUUUAUUUCAAGUACGUUGAAUAAGAUCGUCUUAAUGAAGACGUCGUCCUUAUGUGAGGCCAGGAGAGAUUCUAAGGUCGCUUUUUUUGUUUGGUAAUGGCCAGUAUUCUUGUAGUUUGUUCUUAAAGUUGUCUUGACUACCUUAUUUAGGGUUUGUGUAAUGUUGAAUUCUGUGCCUUUUUCAUAGGUGUUUCGUGGAAAUUAUGAUAUUUACCAUACGGUUUCAUUGAAGAUUAUUCCACCAAUAAGAGCACGGUUUUUGCGCAUUCAUCCCAAGUCGUGGCGCAGCUACAUCGCCAUGCGGGUUGAGCUUUAUGGAUGUCGAUAUCGAGGUAAAUUCGAAGGCCUCUUACAAUUAGUGCUCAUGUUGCUCGAAGCGUGAUAGUGAGCUUCUUUGCAUUGCAUUUGUGAGCUAAAAGGGUGUCUUUGGUGCCAAGCUGUAUCCCGAGACAAGUAACCUUUCUUCACUUGCGCCCUCCAUCCCGACGUUUAGCAAACUGUUAUAAUGGCGACCUAUUACUGGCGUAAAUCAGCAAUAUCUCUUUCUCAUAGUAUCUCAUUCAUGGACAAAAAAGACACUAUUUGUUGUUUUACUUUUCAGAGACCAGGUCUAGCUCUCUUGAAAGACUAUUCUUUCAAUGGGGGAGGUUAUGUUACUAUUGCUGAAUUUUUUUUUCUUGCUUGCAAGGGAAACGUUCAUAUAUUGGUUUUGUAUCGCUCCGUGACCAAGGAUACCAACACAAGAGCAGUGAUUGAACUCUGCAAGGCUUAUUUAUUUGUGUUCGUUUCCUCCAUUCAUCAGAGCGAUUCUUUGAUCGAGCCGUGGGAAUUCAAACAGGAAAGAUAAAGAACGCUGCCUUUACCGCUUCAUCGCAAUGGGACAAAUUCCACGCUCCUUUCCGUGCUCGACUGCACAUUCGGAAACAGGGUCGCUACAUUGGCGCGUGGGCUUCCCGCCCAAAUAACCACAACCAGUGGCUGAUGGUCGACCUGGGAAUUCCCACUGAGGUCACGGGCAUAGCGACACAGGGAAGGCAGGAUGCUGCCCAGUGGGUGACAGCGUUUUGGGUUUAUUACAGUUUGGAUGGCAUGCACUUUUCAAGGGUCACGUAUUGGUGGGACUAUAUAAGGGUGAGUGUUUUAGAUCUUUUCAAACACUGAGAUUAAACGUGUCACCCAGUGACACUAAGAUGCACGUGUCAGCGUUCUGGGUUUAUUACAGUCUGGGUGGUAUGCACUUUUCAAGGGUCACGUAUUGGUGGGACUAUAUAAGGGUGAGUGUUUUAGGUCUUUUCAAACGCUGAGAUAGAACGUGUCACCCAGUGACAACAAGAUGCACGUGUCAGCGUUUUCGGUUUUUUACUGUUUGGGUAGAAUGCACUUCACUGACAUUUUAUUUGCCACACAAUAACGACAAGCUGCUCGUGACAGUGUCUUGGGUCUAUUGCAGUUUGGAUGGAGUAUACCUUUCUGGUGUCGUAUAUGUCAGGGUAAAGUUUUAAGGUCUUUCGUGCAAGAAGAAUCUAGGUUGCGCACAAGCGUUGCAUAUCGAAGUGCGUUACUCCUCUCUAAAAGCUGACUCAACUCCGGCGGUAUGCCGAUUAUGGAUGAAUGUUCAUGGUUUAUUUUGUAACUACAGGAAGAAAACCUUUUUGAGGGCGUGCUGUUUUAACCAACUGCUAGUUUACUGAUUUUUUUCUUUGAUAUCGUUAUAUCUCAGACUUUUAGAGGAAACGUCGACCAGAAUGGCCUUCGAACGCAUUCCUUUAAUCCACCACUGUACGCACGAUUAAUAAAAAUCAACCCCCGUGGCUGGCGUUCUCAUAUCUCGAUGAGACUUGAGCUGUAUGGUGGCGCAUAUAGUAAGUGCAAAUGGUCCGGAUAUCUCUAUCUUUAUUGGCAGUAAUAACGACACUAGAACGUUACCUAAUCGUGCCAACAGAUGUAUAGAUAUCUGAACAAACAAAUGCCUUAUUUCUCAGUUCCAUUGUUAAACAACUGUUUUGAUGCGGCCUUUUCAUCAAGAAUCAUUGUUGUUCCUGUCGAAACCCUUUUUAAUGAAUCUAUUGCUGGGCUGGAUUGCUUAUGUCUCAUGUGUUCACUUUCUUUUUCCCUUUGCAGGCAAAUGCGNAAGUUUUAAGGUCUUUCGUGCAAGAAGAAUCUAGGUUGCGCACAAGCGUUGCAUAUCGAAGUGCGUUACUCCUCUCUAAAAGCUGACUCAACUCCGGCGGUAUGCCGAUUAUGGAUGAAUGUUCAUGGUUUAUUUUGUAACUACAGGAAGAAAACCUUCUUGAGGGCGUGCUGUUUUAACCAACGGCUAGUUUAAUGAUUUUUUCUUUGAUAUCGUUAUAUCUCAGACUUUUAGAGGAAACGUCGACCAGAAUGGCCUUCGAACGCAUUCCUUUAAUCCAUCACUGUACGCACGAUUCAUAAAAAUCAACCCCCGUGGCUGGCGUUCUCAUAUCUCGAUGAGACUUGAGCUGUAUGGUGGCGCAUAUAGUAAGUGCAAAUGGUCCGGAUAUCUCUAUCUUUAUUGGCAGUAAUAACGACACUAGAACGUUACCUAAUCGUGCCAAUAGAUGUAUAGAUAUCUGAACAAACAAAUGCCUUAUUUCUCAGUUCCAUUGUUAAACAACUGUUUUGAUGCGGCCUUUUCAUCAAGAAUCAUUGUUGUUCCUGUCGAAACGCUUUUUAAUGAAUUUAACUGGUGUGCGAAAGACCUGUUGCUGGGCUGGAUUGCUUAUGUCUCAUGAGUUCACUUUCUUUUUCCCUUUGCAGGCAAAUGCGAUGUUCCUAUUGGCUUGGAAGACCGCCGUGUACCUGACCAACUGAUAACUGCUUCCUCAUUCUACAACUACUACUGCGCGCCGAGGAACGCCAGGCUCCGUCAGAGGCGCGUUGGGCGGCUUGGAGGGGCGUGGUGUGCUAAACGGAGUGACAGGCGUCAGUGGCUUAAGAUUGAUUUGGGAGGGCUUACUCGAGUGUCACGCAUUGCUACUCAAGGUCGGCAAAAUUCUGACCAGUGGGUGACUAGUUACUAUGUGUCGUACAGCACCACGGGAUACCGUUUUAUUACCUAUAAAGAGAACAGAAGGACAAAGGUGAGUGAGAGAUGAUCUCGCUAACUUUCCACAAGCCAUGUCUAUAACGUCUCAACAGUCAUAUGAAGCCAAUAAAACGCUUCGUAAGAUGUCGACGCGAUUUUACGCGGAAUAGCCUGCACGCGAAUUAACUUGCGUUCCCGUCGUGUCGAUGAGGUGGUGAUAACCUUUUGAGAUUUUAACAUUGCGUUAACAAGCUAAGUCAAAAUAUUUGGGAUGUAAAGUGAUCUAGCUCUUAAUAUCUGAAGACAGAUAAUGUGCGCUUUUUACUUCAAAACGUUCAUUCUGUAAGCGAUAUUUGAACAUUGUUAAUAGGAAAGUUAACUUAUUAAGAUUUUUUAGCAAAAUGGUCUUUCAAGAAAUAUUUUACCUGGCAAUGUUAUAUUCAUGUUUUCUUAGAUUUUCCAAGGAAACUUUGACCGCUAUAUUGUGGUUCGGCACCGGUUUAUCCGACCGUUAACCGGUCAUUGCUUCAAGGUGCAUCCAGUCACGUGGCGUAGUUGGAUUUCCAUGCGCGUUGAGCUCUAUGGUUGCGUCAUUGGUGAGUAAUUUAGAUUAAUAUUUUAAUCUUAUUUAACUUUCGGAAUAUAAUAAGUUGUAUGCAUAAAGAUAAUCGGCGAUAAGGUACCUUUAGUAGGAAAUCAAACAAUUUUUGUACGGGUGAAUGUAGUGGCAUAACCAGUUAUUCAUGAAGUAAGGUACUUACCUUGCAUAACAGACCGAAUUAGUGUUGACUAGGAAAAAACUAAGACAAUAGGCUAAAGCGUCAUCAGCAUUUAAGUAUAGUUUUUCACUUAGACUCUAAUGAGAUUAUGAUUGAGAGACUCCAGGUUAUGACGGUUAUGUAUUUCUGUACCCUUGUUUAAAAGUUUCCUAUCCAAAAGAGGGGUCAACGCAGUUCCUGUUUUACUACUUGCCUAAUAGUAUUUUUUUCUUUUGUUUAAACUGUGCUUCUCUUGAAAUAUUGAAACCUUCGUAAUAAGUCUUGUUUCGCCUUACCCUUUCUAGGUCCAAGGUGCGACAGGCCGCUAGGAAUGAAAAAUGGCCGUAUUCGCUCCAAUCAAAUAACCGCCUCAUCCAGCUGGGAUCGUAAUCACGGACCGGGUAACGCCAGGCUUCAUUGGCGCAAGAGUCGCGCUCGAGUGGGCGCUUGGUCCGCGCGUCAUAAUAACCACUAUCAGUUUUUGCAAGUAUAUUUUAAACGUCCCACGCGUGUGGUGAAGAUUGCCACGCAAGGAAGACAAGAUGCGCGUCAGUGGGUCACGAAGUACUUCGUGGCUUACAGUCAAGACGGUGCGAAUUUUGCCGAGUACAUAGAAAACAGUAAUCGAAAGGUUCGUUGGGUGGCUUGUAUGAUUUUGCACCUAGUUUUAAUUAUUGGGAGCACUGAAGAGACGGGCUUAAACCAUUCGAAUUAAUUCUGAAAUGCACUCUUAUUUUUUACACUAGAAGUUAAUGUGCGAUCAACUUAAAUCUAUUUUCUGUCUUCCCUGAUUUGCUUAACCCUUUCACUGCCAGAGUGCUUGAUGGAGUUUUGUAAGGUGACUCUAACUUUUGAGUCUGUGGACGAAAUCCUAUGAAAGCUCUCUGCCUGUACUUACACAUGGUGCUAUUUGUUUGUCAAAAUUUUGCAAACGAAAUUUGGUGGAAAUUUGCCUUUGGCCACAUUUGGCAGUGAAAGGGUUAAUUUGUAAAACGACCUGCACGUUUGGAAUUCAUUACACAAUUGCUGUCUAAUCAUUAAACGUAACCCACUUUAUUUUCGUUGUCUUUUCAGUAUAUCACUGGGAACAGGGACCAAAACACAGUCGUACAAUACAGAUUCUUUCCACCAAUCAAAGCGAGGUUUAUUCAGAUUCGCCCAUGGGGUUGGUACCGACACAUCUCCAUGAGAGUGGAAUUCUAUGGAUGCGCUGAAGGUAGAAAUGGUUUUGUUAUGCAUGGAUCAUUUUGUCGCAGGACGCUUUUAGAACACGCUUUGUUGUCCGUUCAUGACGCUCUUGAUACACAUUUGAGCCGUUUCUAGUUGGCUUCUAGUUGUCGCUUUUUUUUAGUCCUUUAGUGCACGUCUGAGUUAUUUUCGAGACAUCUUGAGCGCGUUCAAGUUGCAAAAGCACACCCCGGCUCCACAGGCUGUGGAGUGGUUUGAGAACGACGUUGGCCUCGUUUGGAACGCUUUUGCAGCGCUUGCCAGGUCCUCAUGUGCAGCUUUUUCAGUGAACGUUCUGCUCAGCGCGUUAAGUUGAGAUACGUUUUGGGUGCAUUUGUGUUUUUAGCACUUGAGGCAUAGUACUCAAAGAGCUUAUCUGAAUGGAUUAUUCAUCCUUCUUAUUACAGACCGUUGUAACAUGCCUCUUGGCUUAGAAGACAAGCGACUCACACCAGGCGAUGUAUCAGCCUCAAGUUACUACAAUUCCUACCUUGCACCAUGGUAUGGCCGUUUAAACCACAUCUACUCUUGGAGCGUGCGCACUAGAAACAGCAAGCAGUGGAUGAAGGUUAACUUUGGUGACGUAAUGCGUUUUAAAGGAAUAGCGACCCAAGGAAGAUCAAAUGCCAAUCAAUGGGUGAUGAGUUAUGUUGUGACGUAUAGUGGAGAUGGCGUCACUUACGUUCCUUAUAAGGAAAGAAGACGCGUAAAGGUGAGAGAUAUGCUCUUUAUAGUUUCGAAACCCUCUCUUCUCCACUCAUAGUAUUAUAUGUAUGUAACCAUCGAAACCUGUGAAAAAUGUUUGUGUUUUACCCUUUAUUUACACGCGUUCUAUUUAGAAUUCAACGAACUAACCCUGAAAGAUCAUAGAACAUGAAUCCACUUACGUUUUCACGAGUGCUUUUACCCAUAAAUUUGGUUACACUCUGAAAUAGCUAAUGCGUAUUAUUUAUUCUAUUUUUUGGUAGAUUUUUUCAGGCAAUAGUGACAGAAAUUCUGUAGUAUAUCAUCGUUUUUUGAGAUCGUUCAGUGCCGCUUACGUGAAGAUUCAUCCACGGACAUGGUACGGCUGGAUUUCCAUGAGAGUUGAGCUUUAUGGCUGUGCAAGUAAGUUAUCCAUUUUUUCUCUGAUAGUGUAUGGUGGAAAACUGUAAAUUAAGGAGACUUCUUACCUCAAAUCAAGAGAUUUAAUCUUCGGAGAUUCGGAGAGAAGCUGUAUCAAACACUCAAAGCAGCGUUAUUCCUAGAAACCUCAAGGUCGGUUUAGAAAAAUGGUUGUGUCUCUUUUUUGAAUCUUUAUCUCACUGUCUGCAUUUCAAAUGAAAUAGUCCCUCUUAAAAACAAAAUACAACUUCAACGUGACUUUGUUAAAACUCUCUUUUAAGAAUAAGGGUGAUGUUCCCUAGCACUUCAACUCCCACUUCUCAAGCCAGUUAUGUCUCAAAACUCUCAUGGGGAGGGAUUAAAGAAUUUACUUUACAAGUGACACCUUAAGCCCGUUAACAAGUGGUCCAAGUUGUAAUCGUAGUGAUGUCGGAGGUUAAGGUCUCUUAAGGUGCCUCCAAGGGUAUUGGGUAUUAAAGUUUCAAUGAUUAUGGUGCCUAUUCUCUUUUUAAGGACCCCUCUGUAACACUGCCUUGGGCUUACAAAGCGGUCGCCUGCGAAACAACAAGAUCACUGCUUCAUCCGAGUACAAUGUCUACCACGGGGCGAGACUUGGUAGACUGGGACGAAAGAAGCGAGGGAGAUAUGUAGGGGCCUGGUGUACGAGAGUCAAUAACAGGAACCAGUGGCUCAAGGUGGACUUCAGUCGACCAAAGAAAAUCACAAAAAUUCUGACACAGGGAAGGCAAGACGCUGCCCAGUGGGUGACUUAUUAUAAAGUGUCUUCAAGCUUAGAUGGAGUGCACUGGCAAGUCUAUCGAUUCAAAAACAGCGACAAGGUAAUUGCCUGGAAAAGUUGAGUAUUGUUCAUCUUGGCUGAGUACAUUAAUAAAGUAGAUUAUCGUUCGUUUUUUGAUAAAUAUAAAUCGCGACAUUUCGACUUCGUACUGCUAUUCUUCAGUAUGAGGUCAACUUCAACUGAGCGCGUGUCGCCUUAUUAAGUGGAGAGGUCUACUGUGACUGGUGGAAAUUAAUUGGAGAAGAAGGCGUUUCCUCCAGAUCUGAUUUUCCACUUUGGUCUCUUAUCGUUGAGUUUCUUGAUCGUGCGUAUCUACACCUUCGAAAUCUUAAUAAAACUCAACGAGUUCUAUACCGAGGGUUACAGAGCAAUUUUUGGAAACUGAAAAAAGAAGUUAUAUAUACUUUUUUUAUUACAGUGAGACCCUGUGUUUCAUUUGAGUUGAUUGAAUCUGUUACCUUUUCAUGGGGCAUUUUUCUUGGCAGAUUUUCCGUGGUAACAACGAUCAAAACAGCAUCAAAAUACAAGCCCUUACUCCUCCAGUGUACGGGCGGUUCAUCCGCAUUCACCCGUGGAGUUGGUACAGGCACAUUUCAAUGAGAGUGGAAUUUUACGGAUGCAAAACCGGUCAGUUGGAAGACUUUUUCUACGUAUUUUUUGAAAGGGGUCCUUACAUGAUAUUCCAUGCCUUAUAAAUUAUCAACAGUGUGGUUUUUAGCAGCUCUGUAGCCUGCCACGUUGACACUCAUUUGUCUCGUUAUGCAAUCCUCCCUAACGAACGUGGAGGCAGCGUGGCCGAGUGGUUAGAGCGCUGGACUUGGGAUUCGGAGGCCCCGAGUUCAAGACCUGCUCUGACCGCUAGCUGGAUUUGUUCACGGUAGUCCCGAGUUCAUAUCCUCGACCACGCUUGUAAAUAGCCAACUGGUUCGCCUCCGGCCAGUUGGGAUUCUUAACCAGUGCCAGUGCCAGUUACUUGUCCCUUGUUCAUUCCUUUCGACGUCUUCAAGCCUUGCACCAUGAGUGAAAGCUAUGACCACUUGUAUAAUUAUUGUUAUUAUCUUCUUGCGUAGAUCCCUGCGAUGUUCCGUUGGGAAUGCAAGAUGGCCGAAUUACCCCAUCGAUGCUUACCGCCUCCUCCAUGUACAACCAUUAUUAUGGUCCCUGGAAUGCCAGACUUCAUGCACGAAACUAUGGUUCUACAAGGGGAGGAUGGAUAGCUAAAUACCGGAAUAGGAAUCAAUGGCUUCAGAUUGACUUUGGGACCAAGUCACGCGUGAAGAGAAUCUGUACUCAAGGACGCUACGAUGCUAAUCAGUUUGCGAAGUCCUAUACUGUGUCGUUCAGUGCAAAGGGAGACAAGUUUGUACCAUAUAAGGAGGGGAGGAGAACGAGGGUAUGUACAUUAAGAGUUAUAAGAAAUUGUGAAAGUGUACUGCAGUAAUACCAUACCCCUCCCGAGUAUCUUCUUCCUGUUAAAAGAAAAAAGAAAAACAUGAAUGAAUCGUGUAUGAAAAAACUUCCUGUCUAAUCAGAGCUUUCAUAUAUAAUAAAUCGUGGCUGAGAUUUCUGGGCAAAACAAUCCAAACCUUAAGAUUGAAAUAAUCACCAGAUCUACAGCUACGUUUUGAAGCCGUUCAGUAAACACGCACUUUGGUUUUGUAACACUGAAUUGAAAAUUUCUAGGUUUACUUUUAAUUUGAUUCUUCAGUGUAAGUUUUAAGUUUAUUUCUCGGAGAUUAAUUCCGUGAACGACAAUUUUGAGAUUUCUCCCGACUCUCUCUCCUACUAUUUUAACGCUUUAAUUUAAAUUUAGUUGUUUCAGGCUAAUAUCGAGAGAUACUAUGUGGUUUGCCAUCGCUUCUUUAGACCGUUCAUUGCUCGCUACGUGCGCAUAAAUGUCAGGAGUUGGUAUAGCUACAUAUCCAUGAGGGUCGAACUGUUCGGCUGCAGACUGGGUAAGAGGCAACUUACCUUACAU